CAACCUCAGGACGGCUUGUCACUGACUACUGUCACAUUGGUACGUUGCUUUGAUUAGUUCACUGAUUUCUCAGCCUGUGGGUUUGACUGGGAUUUCUUAUACUGGGAUCCUCCAGUUCAGAGAUUAAAAGGGUCAGUGUGUUUGCAAUGUGAUUUAAGUUAAGAUCAGUACGGUUAAAAAGCAAGAAAUAGAAGUGAUAAAACAAGACAAACUAAACUCUUUACAACUAAACAAAUGCUCAUAAACAUGAUGGAUCAGUUUCCAGACAGCUCACAACUUAGCGGGAAGACCAUGCGACAGACCUGGCUGACUAUAAUUCUUCUUCUUCUGCAGUGUACAGCGCUGAGAGGAGGCCUGGAUGGCAGGUGCCAGUCUAAGUCCACCUGCACUCAUUGUCUGAGAAGUCCUGGCUGUGCUUGGUGUAAGCAGAAGGGCUUCUUGGCGCCCUGGGAGCCAAAUGAGCGUCGCUGUGACGGGGAGGACGUUCUGCGGAGGAGACACUGCCCCGACGGGGAGCUCCUGAACCCCCAGCCUGCAGUGUGGAGCAGGGAGGGCGGGUCCCAGGGGACUACAUCCCAGCUGCUGCCACAGACAGUCCACCUGAAGCUCCGGCUUGGCGUUCCCCAGUCAUUCGAAGUGCGGUUUAAACAUGCUCUGGGCUUCCCUAUCGACCUGUACUAUCUGAUGGACAUGUCCUUCUCCAUGAAGGAUGACCUGGCCAAAUUUAAGAACCUGGGACGGGAGGUGGUCACUGCUAUGAAGAACAUCACCAGUGCUGUCAGGAUCGGCUUUGGCUCCUUCGUGGAUAAGAGGGUGGGCCCGUAUGCCAACAUAAAUCCUGUUAAACUGGCCAACCCAUGCCCAGCAAGCUACACGGACCCGUGCCAACCCACAUUCAGUUUCAGGCAUACCCUGAAGCUCACAGAGGACGUGGAGGAGUUUGAGAGGAGUGUGAGCCGGCAGUACAUCUCCAGUAAUCUAGACAACCCAGAGUCAGGCUUGGAUGCCAUAAUGCAGGUUGCUGUCUGUCAGAGUGAGAUUGGCUGGGGUAAUGCGUACCGCAUCCUGGUCUACACCUCAGACGAUGUCUUUCACCUGGCAGGCGAUGGCAAGCUGGCCGGCCUCUUCCAACCUAACGAUGGGCAAUGUCAUCUUAAUAGCGAGGGUGUCUACGAUGAGCACAUCCUGUAUGACUAUCCCUCAGUUGGACACUUAGCUGAAGUCCUCUCAGCCAAUGACAUCAAGGUGAUCUUUGCAGUGACAGAUGAGCACACUGAAAACUACGAGGCACUCAGCAAGCUGCUCCCCCUGUCCGUGGUGGGUCUGCUAGAGCAGGACUCCAGCAACAUUGUUCACCUCAUCUCUGAGGCCUACAACAACUUGUUCUCCUCCAUCCGUCUGGAGCACCAUGAGGUUCCGCUGGGCCUGAAGGUCUCUUAUACCUCCCACUGUGGUGAUGGUCAAGACAGGCCAGCUCCGGGGCAAGACAGGGGAGAGUGUGACCAAGUCGGAAUCAAUCAACAGGUGAAUUUCACAGUGACUGUGAACAGCUCGAACUGUUUCACCAGGACCGAGUCUUUCACCAUCAAAGUUCAGGGCAUCAGUGAGGAGCUAAGGGUUACCGUGGAGAUGCUGUGUGACUGUGACUGUCAGGACACUGAAGAACAGUCUGCCCAGUGUCACGGCAAUGGAACGUUCCAAUGUGGAAUCUGCAGCUGUGAUUCGGGACACACGGGCCAGCGCUGCGAGUGUGAAACCCAGCAGGAGACGAACACCAGUCUGGCCCAGGAGGCUCGGUGUAUCGACUCACGGAUGAGCGGUUCGGCCGCGCAGCUGUGCAGCGGACGGGGGAGCUGCGUGUGUGGCCAGUGCCUCUGCUGGGGCUCAAGAAGGGGCCAGUUCUGCCAGUGUGACGACACGAGCUGCAACCGGCACAACAAUAUUAUCUGUGGCGGCAAUGGGAAGUGUGACUGCGGCUCCUGUGAGUGUUUCCAUAACUACACUGGGCCUGCGUGCGAAUGCUCUACACUCACAGACCAAUGCCAGACCAGCAACGACGGAGUCUGCUGUCACCACGGACAGUGUGAAUGUAAUAGGUGCAAGUGUCACCCCGGUUUCUUUGGCAAGCACUGCAACCAGCCUCAGGCUCCAUGUCACACAUACAGGGGCUGUGCAGCUUGUAUGCUGUUACAUGAGUCAGACAUAAAAAUGUGUCACCACACCUGUGGAAGUGCCAAGCCUAUCCGCAUCAAUGGAACACAAAGUCUCCUGUGUCAAGGCGGCACAGUUCUUUUUAACGUGGUAGUCAACAUAAGUACGGGCGACAUCGUUGUUUACUACACAAAUAAUCCAAGGGGGAUAGACCCGUGGAUUAUAUAUGCUCAGAUUACAGUGGGAGCAACUGUUUUACUGGGUGUCAUCAUGAUAAUAAUAUAUCGUCUGAAGGAGGAAUUCUCAUACCAGUGGGAGUUUAGACGGUACCUGAAGGAGAAGGAAAUUAUCUGCAGGGAGGAGAUUCAAACUCGCCAGCUCCUGGAGGCCAUGACAACAAUAACCAAUCCUGGGUAUGUGCUGGACAGAGAUUCAACUACUUCAACUUUUGGGAAAACAAAACCAAUGUGAUAUGGAUCAGCUGAAUUCGUUCAGAAUAUAUUUUGCUGUGUGAUUUCUUCAAAUUGAAACAUUUUGAGUUCCGUGACGUCGCCCGGUAUGGCGCAGCCAGGGCCCCACCCUGGAGCCAGGCCC